AUGGAGGUGGAGACCGUGGCCGACGAGAUGGACGCAGAGGCGCCCAAGUACAGCUUCGACAGCCUGUGCGCCUUCCCGGAGGACGCCCGCGCCUGGGACGCGCUCUUGCGCGAGGCCAAGCCGGACACCGGGCCGUUCGCCAAGUUCUGGGCUCUGCUGCUGGCAUCGGAUGUGGCCGACGGCGCUCGGCUUUGCAACUUUGGGGCCUGCGAUGCGCUGGGCCGGCCGGCGUGCGGCCCCCGCCUGUUCCUGCGCGAGUGCUUCGCCCGGCUGUGGAACGCGAUCCGGACCGUCCAGAGGCCGUUCUGCCGGGUGGCCGUGGCGGGCGGGCCCGGCGUGGGAAAGACGAUGUUCAUGGCGUACUGCCUGCUGCGGCUCUCCAAGGCCGACCCCGCCCCGCUGAUCGCCCUCGACCUGGGGCACGGCAAGGCGAUGCGCUUCAUCCGCGGUCCCGACGUACGCCGCGUCUCUGACCCGGACGCGAUCGAGGAGCUGCUGGAGUGCCGCAGCUGCGUGUACCUGUCCGACGGCGUGCCGCCCCGCGACUGCUGCGGCCGGGCGAUCUACUUCGCCGCGGACGGGCGCGCCGCGCCGGCGGCCUUCCACGGCCUGCUGUGCCGGCGGCUCUUCCUGCCCCCCUGGACGCUGGACGAGAUGCAGAUCUGCGGCAUCCUGUGCCAUCCCGACGUGCCGGAGUCGGAGAUUCGCCGAUGCUUCGCGCUGUUCGGCGGGAGGGCGGGAGUCGUCUUCCCCCAUGCCCGCAGAGCCGAGGCCCUGAUCGAGACCAGGAGGGCGAUCCGAUCUUCGGAUGUCGAAGGGGUCCUUGAGGCGGCGGAGGAGUGGUGCGUCGGGGGCGGGCUGGGCCAGGGGGACCGGGUGCUGGUGUCCGUGCCCGGGCCCGACUUCGGGAGCGUGAGCUGCGGCUUCCACAGCCAGUACGUGGCGGACGAGUGGGUGAGGGCCGCGGCCAGGGAUCGGGCGGCGGGGCUGUGGGGCGCGGUGGCGGGCGGCCGCGGGGAGGCCUGCGGCGGCGUGGUGGAGAGCGCGUGGGAGGCGGCCGCCCACAACCUGCUGCCCGGGCGCAGGUGGGUGGUUCGGGGCGGGAGUGAAUGCAGGGAGCGUGGCGUAGCAAAGAAUCGUACAAAGAUCGUGAAAUUUCGUGACAGCUAUCACAAACUCGUAAAAAUUGGUGGUGUAAAAACCGUGAUGCAUGGGCAAAAAGGCUUGAUGAGCGGGGCAAGAAAAGAGAAUAAGAAAGAGCACAUGCAAUGGGCAACCCCGCCUGAGAAAGUGCGUGCAAGACUCCUAUAUAUGCUGUUGUGGAGAGUAGCGGACGUGCAGAAUAGUAAUGUGGAAAUUCACGAUGAUGAUUGCUGGAUCCCGUGCGGCGGGAUCCUGCGCUGGCCAUCGUCAGCAUCAUUCGCCGCUCGCGCCAGUCGUCGGUCUGGUGUCUCCCUUGCGGCAGACUUUGUCGUUGCAUCCCUUGCUGCGCCAAAACCUUGA